CACUCGCACCCGGCAGUCUGCACAGCAGAAAGAUGGCCAAGGGCACAAAGAAGGGCAAGGAAGAGAAGCCUGUUCAUGCGGACGAUGAGCCCGAGAAGGAGGCGGAGAUUGUGCCGCUUGACAAGGGCGACAUCGAGCUGCUGAAGGCAUACGGAGUGGGUCCGUACUCGGGCAAGCUGAAGGAUGCGGAGGACUCGAUCAAGGAGGUGAUGGAGAAGGUGAAGAAGAUCAUUGGGGUGAAGGAGUCGAACACGGGGCUUGCGCCGCCGUCGUACUGGGACCUUGCGGCGGACAUGCAGCUGAUCAAGAGCGAGCAGCCGCUGCAGGUUGCGCGGUGCACCAAGAUCAUCAAGAAGGACGACGGCGAGCUGCACUACAUCAUCAACGUGAAGCAGAUGGCCAAGUUUGUGGUCUCGCUCGGCGAGCAGGUUGCGCCUGCAGACAUCGAGGAGGGGAUGCGCGUGGGCGUGGACCGGACCAAGUACCAGAUCAAGAUUCCGCUGCCGCCCAAGGUGGACGCGUCUGUGACGAUGAUGGAGAUCGAGGAGAAGCCGGACGUGACGUACAAGGACGUGGGCGGGUGCAAGGAGCAGAUCAAGCAGCUUCGCGAGGUACUUGAGAUUCCGCUGCUGCAUCCGGAGCGGUUCAUCCAGCUGGGCAUCGACCCGCCGAAGGGCGUGCUGCUGUACGGGCCGCCCGGGACGGGCAAGACGCUCUCUGCGCGUGCGGUGGCGAACCGGACGGACGCGACAUUUAUCCGUGUCAUUGGAUCGGAGCUUGUGCAAAAGUACGUGGGCGAGGGUGCGCGGAUGGUGCGCGAGCUGUUCCAGAUGGCGCGUGCGCGCAAGGCGUGCGUCAUGUUCUUUGACGAGGUGGACGCGAUCGGCGGGGCGCGGCAGGAUGACCCCGGAUCGGGGACGGAGGUGCAGCGGACGAUGCUGGAGCUGAUCAACCAGCUGGACGGCUUUGACGCGCGCGGCAACAUCAAGGUGCUGAUGGCGACGAACCGGCCGGACACGCUCGACCCGGCGCUGCUGCGGCCCGGGCGGCUCGACCGCAAGAUCGAGUUUGGGCUGCCGGAUCUCGAGGGCCGGACGCACAUUCUCCGCAUCCACGCGGGACAGAUGCAGGUGGAGAAGGGCAUCCGGUUUGAGCUCAUUGCGCGGCUCUGCCCGCACGCCACGGGCGCCGACAUGCGGUCGGUCUGUACCGAGGCGGGCAUGUUUGCCAUUCGGGCGCGGCGGCGGACGGUCUCGCACCAGGACUUUAUUGACGCGGUGCAGAAGGUGAUCAAGUCGUACGCCAAGUUUUCGGCGACAUCGACGUAUCUGGUGUACAACUAAGGCUUUGUACCGUAAAAGGGUUGAAGCGGAGA